UUUUCUGCCUCUCUCAGUAUCGUGUGUCCUUUCUCUCUCCACCAUCAGAACUCUCUGCCGAGCAAUUCAUAGUUGCAUCUGCAGAGAUUUCUGAAUUUUCUCUUGCAGAUUCGGAAAAAUGACGACGAUUGUCCCCACAUCGGAAGAAGAUCCCGUUCUCUCCGUCGUUACGUUCGUUGCCGACUUGUCGUGGGCCGACGCCGGUCCAGAGGUAGCAGAGGGACAUGUUAGUAGAUUGUUGGUGGAGGCUCAAGAAUGUAUAAUACAAAAGAGGUGGUUGGAUUUGGCUUCUUUGAUUCUUACUUCUGCUGAUGUCAUUUUCUCUAAGGCUUCUGAGAAAGAUCUUGAAUGCAUUUACACUGUUAUCUGCCACCUUGUAAAGAAGCCUGAGAGUCUUGAUCAAGUGCAUGAGAUAGCAGAACUUAUAGCCACAAAGGUUACUCAACAGCCUAAUGAAAAACCUGGUCUGCGCUUGAAGAUCUUGUUUAACCUCUACAACCUAUUGGAGAACCCAUAUAGCCAGUUCUUUGUCUAUAUGAAGGCCCUCAACUUGGCAGUUAGUGGGAAGGUCACUGAACAUGUUGUUCCAUCCUUUAAGAAGAUGGAUGACUUUCUAUCGGAAUGGAAUCUUGGAACGAAGGAUAAGAGAGACCUCUUUCUGACAGUUGCAAAUGUUUUGAAGGACAGCAAGAGCUCAGCAAAAGAGUCUUUUGACUACCUUGUCAAGUAUCUGGAAACCUUUUCUGGGGAUGAUGCAUUGGCUUUGGCUGAAGCUAAGGAAGAGGCUGUUCGUGCUGUUGUUGAAUUUGUGAAGUCACCUGAUAUGUUUCAGGGUGACUUACUAGAUAUUCCUGCAAUAGCGCAACUGGAGAAAGACGGUGCAUAUGUUCCGGUGUAUCAAAUUCUAAACAUCUUUCUGACUCAGAGGCUUGAUGCAUAUCUUGAUUUCCAAUCUUCAAAUUCAGAUUUUUUUAAUAGCCAUGGUCUUGUGCAUGAAGAUUGUGUUGCCAAGAUGAGAUUGAUAUCUUUAGUAGAUCUCGGUACCCAUGAAUCUGGUCAAAUCGCUUACUCCUUAAUCAAGGAAACCCUCCAGAUUGAGGACAGUGAAGUUGAGCCAUGGGUUGUCAAGGCAAUUACAGCUAAGCUUCUAGAUUGCAGAAUUGAUCAAAUCAAUGAAGUAGUCAUAGUAAAGUACGGUUUGGUUUCAGUCGAAUAUCUCUUUGAGCUUUAUAAUAACCCAUCUAUGAAACCAACCAUUCUUCUGUUUUGCUUCAGCCGUUGCUCAAAGCGUGUUUUUGGACUUCAUGAAUGGCAAUCCCUUCGGUCUAAGCUUGCAGCUUGGAGGGGCAACAUUGCUAAUGUAAUGAGCACCAUUCAAGCGAACAAGAUCGUCGAAGAUGGCACCCAGGCAGUGCAGGGACUGACUAUUCGUUGAGACGGGCUCUUUGUUACAGCUAUCAUCAUCUACUGCUGCAAGUCAGUCGUACGACUGCGAAACUCCAAGCUCUAUUUACAAUCUUUGACAACAGAAUUAGUCGCUCGUGUCCAGAGUAGUGCGAUCCCCCCUUUUUUUUUGGUAGCCCAAAUUAAAACUACAGAUCUCUCCAAUUUUGUUUUUCAGCUACAUGAAUUGUAUCAACUUCCUUUCCAUGAGUCUCUUUCGCCCGACUGUGAUGAUUAUUGUUUUAGAUAGAAAAGCUUUGAUUUUCAUCUGUUCUCGACUCACAUCACCUUUGACAAUUGAUGAAAUCAGAGUUGACAGUGUUCUGUAAA